UAAUAUAGAAACCAGUGUGUUCAUGGCCUGGGUUGUUGAGCGGCAUGUAACCGGCGUUAGUUGUCGAAAAAAACUGCCGCUGUUGGAGGGCUGUCCACUUAAUUUGCAAUUGAGCUUUAGAGAGGCAAGAGUGUAGUCAGGCAAGAGACAAGAACUUCCUCAAAGGCGCGGAAGGAAAAAUGCUGUUCUACUCCUUCUUCAAGUCACUGGUGGGGAAGGAUGUGGUGGUGGAACUGAAAAAUGACCUGAGCAUAUGUGGGACACUGCAUUCUGUGGACCAGUACCUCAAUAUCAAACUCACAGACAUCAGCGUCAUCGACCAGGACAAGUACCCGCAUAUGCUGUCAGUGAAGAACUGCUUUAUCCGCGGCUCAGUGGUGCGGUACGUGCAGCUGCCUGCUGACGAGAUCGACACGCAGCUGCUGCAGGACGCCACCCGGAAGGAGGCGCAGCAGGGCAAGACGUAGCCGCCCGCCCGUGUCUCGCGUCCCGCGUCACCCACGCCAACAUGCCCCCAUUCAGUCGAAAGCGAUCAUUUGCUUGUUUCACGCUCGGUGUCACGUCAAUACACGCGCAGACGUUUGUGUA